GCCACGCUGUCCUCUGCUCUGUCCCUACUCUGUCCUUUCCACUCCUAUAGGCUCUGACUCAUCCAACUUGGGCAUAGCCACGCACGCAACUCUCUGGCUGACUCAUUCGUUUGAUUGGGUCGUCGGCUGCCUGCCAUGAAGUGGGCGCCUCUGCACCAAUAAGAGACUGCUGGAACGAACCAUUGCUUUGACAAGCAAACACGCCGUUUGGCAUCUGACGCUUUGAUCUCGCUCUCUUCAUCUCCACAGCGCGCCGUUUUCCUUAAGAGAGAAACAGCCGCUAACGUCUGUUCACGUCACUUUGCAUACAUCACUGCACAUCCAACUCUUACACGGCGUGAACAAGAGAAGAAACAGGCACAGAUUCAACUCCAGAUACUCACAACAUGGCGUUCCAGCAGUCGUCUCCGCUCAUCAAGUUCGAGGCGUCUCCCGCCGAGUCCUUCCUGUCAGCGCCCGGCGACAACUUCUCCUCGCUCUUCGCCGUCUCAACACCGUCCUCAGCCACCACCAUGGAUCCCAUGGAGAUGAUGACGCCACAGUCAUACGCCGAUGAGAAGCUCGAGCGCCUGUCGGUGAUUCCCGAGCAGGACGACAUGGACGACGACAGAGACGACGACGCAGACGCAGCCCCCACAGAUUCCUCAUCAGAUAAGAAGCCUGCCAAGAAGAGGAAAUCAUGGGGCCAGGUGCUCCCCGAGCCCAAGACCAACCUCCCUCCCAGAAAACGAGCCAAGACUGAAGAUGAAAAGGAACAGCGUCGCGUAGAGCGUGUUCUCCGGAACCGUCGCGCCGCUCAGUCAUCGCGCGAGAGGAAGAGGCUCGAGGUCGAGGCCCUCGAGAAGCGCAACCAGGAGCUGGAGACGCUUCUGAUCAACGCCCAAAAGACCAACCUGAUGCUCGUCGAGGAGCUCAACCGCUUCCGACGAAGCUCAGGUGUCGUCACCCGUUCCUCCUCCCCCCUAGACUCUCUCCAAGACAGCAUCACAUUGUCACAACAGCUCUUUGGCCCCCAAGACGGCCAAAAGAUGGACUCUACCAAGCAGUCCUUGAUGGACCAGAUGAUGAGGUCCGCGACAAACCCCACCGUGAACCCCGCCUCUCUCUCCCCCGAACUCAACCCCAUCCCCGACUCGGCCAACCAAGACUUGUCUGAAGACUUUGCCUCGGAAGAGACAAAGGAGGAAGAGAUGACGGAACAAAUCGAGCAGACCAGCCAACAGCUGACUGUCGGCCUCUCCACUGAUUCGACACAACAUGUUGUGCGACCUGCCGUGUCAAUCGGUGGAGACGCCUCAGUCCUCGGCGGCCUCUCAGACUCCGACGCCCACUGCCUUGGCCUGGGCUCUGUACCUCAGGAUGAUGGUCCUUUCAGCCUCGGCUCUUCUUUCAGCAUGUCAGCGGCCCUUGAUGCAGAUCGCUAUGUCCUCGAAAGCGGGCUUCUCGCUUCUCCCAACCCCUCAACUCUUGACGACGAUUAUCUGGCUGGUGACUCUGCCGCCUGCUUCCAGGAUCAACCUCCCUACGACUUCUUCGACAUCAACGACUUCCUCAACGACGACGCAAACAACGUCGCCUCCGACAUUGUGGCAGCGAGCAACUAUGCCGCUGCGGACCACGAGCUCGACCUCGAGAUCCACGACCCUGAGACUCAAAUCUCUUCGGACUAUCCUAUCCAGCAGCCCCAGUCUGGCGCGUCCUCUUUUGGAUGCGACGAUGGCGGCAUUGCGGUUGGUGUCUGAGGGACGCGACGAUCGGGACGGGAGCUCAGACAACGAGUCUUGUGCGACGCGCGGCGACCCUUGCGAGCUGACUCAAUCUCCACGCAGCGUUAACUUGCCGUCUAGGGAAGCUCUCCUCACACUCCUGUGGGCCCUGAGGGUCGAGGAGAGGAAGAUUCAGCAAAAGCAGGCCGCGCUUCUCGUCUCCGAGAGAAGCGCCUCAGCAGACCAACAACAACAACCAUCAGUAUCAGAUUCCAUUGUCCUUAAAGUAGCGGGUGUUAAGCGAACCAAGCCUUCUCGACUUGACUAUGGCGGUGGCUCCAAGCGGUCACGGCUGUCGAGGUAAUUCAUUUUAUGUCUUUUCAAUUUCUUUUUCUGUGUAUUUAAAAUAUCAAUUUUUAUGUUUCAUUGUCUUCACCUAUGGGAAAAAAAGAAAUCCCUGGCUUUAGGGUGGCAUGGGAUGGUGGCAUAUCUUCCAAUGGUGGUUUAAGGAUAUGUGUGGAAACGGCGCAACGCGGGAACAACCUUCUCUCUAUGGAAGAGGGAUAGAAACAGAAUAGCCAUCAUGACCUGGCUUCACUUGACGAUGGGCUGUACACUAUUUAUAAUUGAACAAGCGAUGCAGAUUUCUCUAC